GCACUAGGUAGAUUAUUGCACGCUUCGGUGACUCUACUUUGCACCUAAAGGGGAGUGGUCAAAAAUUAGUAGUUUGACCUCUGGACCUCUUGCAAAAUGGCAGCAAGUGAAGUGAUGACUGCAUCUGGUGUUCCUGAAUGGACAGUCAGAGAGCAGCUGGUGCUGGCUUCAGCAGUGCAGCGGAGUGGAGAUAAAAACUGGGUGUCUGUCAGUCGAGCCAUCAAACCUCUCAUGGAUGACGUGCACUCAACAGACUACUUUUCUCAGAAGAACUGUGCCCUUCAGUAUGCGGCCAUGAUCGAUAAAGUACCCAAUAAGAGGAAUAAGAGGGCUAGCGAGGACGGUAUGGAGACGACAGAGCAGCAGAUAUUACGUGAGCUCAGUGAAAGAAGGAUACGUGAACUCAGUGGAUCCCUGGCUGAGAUCAGGAGAGAGUAUGGCACUCUUUCCAAUGAUAUUGAACUCUUGGAGAAGGGAGAGCUAGAUGACAAGGUGCCAGAGUUGUGGGAUAAGUUGAUGAGUGAAUCGGCUGAGAAAUUAUCGCCAUCUAAAAAGAAACAUGAAGGCACUUUGAAUAAAACGAAUGUGAAAGCAGAACAAGCUUCUUCAAUGACCAACCCCAAACUAAUUAACACCACAAAAGGGAGUGCCCCUUUAAUCCAACAAGCUGGCUCUGUUGCUCAAAGUGGUACUAAAACAGAGGCAAAUGUGGCACCAUCUACUUCGCUCAAAGAUAAGAUCACCGCAAUCAAGAAAGAGCCAUUGCUUGGCACCCCCACUGCCACGGAGUCUGAAAACCCUAUAGUCCGACUGAUGGAUGACAAAGUCCUCUCACCAAUGCAGACACCUGUACCUACGUCUAGCGGUCAGCCCCUCUCUGACAAUCUUCAUAUCAUACUACAGGAACGGAACAAAGCAGUCAACUUUCUAUCUGGAAAUAAGAGUACCGAGCCUAAACCCACCCUAGCAAUAUCGAAUAGUGCUACAACUAGUACAGCUGUGUCGCCCACAACCACUAAACCGUCUCCUUUGCCUCCUCUUACAUCUCCUCAAUUUUCUUCCACACCCUCUACGACAGUGUGUACACAGCAAACUAACACUGUCACACCUCCUGUCACACCUCCUGCCCCUGUGAAGCAGUCUCCUGUUUCCAUGACUUUGCUAUCACCUGUAAAAGACAGCCAAAUUUCCCACUCACCAAAACACUCUGUUCCGAUCACGGCCUACUUGUCCAAGGCUCCGAAUGUUAGUCAGCCGUCUCAGCCGUCUAAACCAAGUGUGCUUCAAUCCCUUGUGUCUGCACCAAGUACAUCAGUGCCUGUCACUGUGACUAACACUCCCACCCUAACCACGUCUUCUCCAGCUAAAACCAGUACCUCUCUGAGUACAACAAUCACACAUGUGACCUCUCCCUUAGCAACAGCUUCUGUGUCUGCUCCUUUGAUGCAAUCAUCCCCAGUUAAAGACAAUACUACUGCAGCAAAUUUGCAAGCCACUAAACCCUCUAUAGUGACUGUACAGCCUGUUCCAACCCAGGUCUCAGCGAGUACUACUCAACAAAAUCUUUCAGCAAUAGCAGUUUCUAGCCCUGUGAAAGCAGCUGUGUCGAUGGCUAGUCAUCAAAUUCCAAGCAAGUCAGCUUCCUUUUCAGCCGAUACAACCGCUCAAAAGAAAUCCUUCUCUGGUCUUACAAUGGUCAGUGUACUCAAGUCGGAAACAUCUGCACCUAACUCAAAGUCAGAGCCGACAAAAGAUAUUAAGACUCUCUUAACUCUUCCACCGAGCAAUAUCAAACUGUCUGUCAAGACUGGAGAAACUGUCAAGACUGGGAAAGCUGUCGGAACUGGAGAAGUCUCUCACCCUCUGAAACAAAGCAUAGAGCAAAAAACUCCCAUAAAGCAAGAGCCACAUACAGGCCAAUCAGAUACUCCGAUGAAGAAAAACACUACCGCCGUCAAGACAGAGUCUGAAAUAGCCCUGGCUGAAGCUCCCCACACACCUGUGUCAUCACCUCCCUAUGCCACGUCUAUCCCUGUUGUUGUCAUGGACACCCGGGAUGAAACAGAGGAUGACACACCCACUAGAAUUAAGAAAGGACGAUCAUUUCUAACAAGAACCCUGUUGUCCAGAUCGAGGAAGAGAAAGCCUGAGGACGAGGGCCUGUCUGUUGAGAGCACUGAUACUGAAGAGGAUUGUCUAUCCUCCCAGGCCACGUCUGCCGUACCAAGCCCCGCCCCUUCACAGUGCAGUGAGAUGGACGCUGAUACCCUGAAGGCGCACAAGCAGUGGAAGAAGGGCAUCAUGAUUGUGUGGAGACACGCUGCUCAACACAAGUAUGCCAACUUUUUCCUCCACCCAGUGAGGGAGGAAGAUGCACCCGGGUACAAGGACAUCAUCCUCAGUCCAACCGACCUGCACAGUAUCAAGAGGAGGGUGGAGUCUGGUCACAUCAAGAAUGACGUAGAGUUCCAACGGGAGAUGCUACUCAUGUUCCAGAAUGCAUUCAUGUACAACAGCUCAGAUCAUGAAGUAUAUGAGAUUGCUCAUUCCAUGAAGAGUGAUGUCAUGGAAAAUCUACAGACUUACCUAGCGACCCAGGCACAGCUACAGCUUGUGGAGGAUCCAAUGCCCACAAAAACUCUAAGAGGUCGCCGUAGUGACCGUGACCAGUCUCAGGAGGAUAAUUUGUUUUCACCGGCAACAAAGAAAAGAAGAACAAGGACUGAUGAUCGUGACUGAUUCUUGAUACAUAAUACAUUUCUAGUUUCUAAAUCAGUUGUUUUUGUGCUACAUGAUUAUAUAUAAUUAUUAUGUGAUACAAACA